AUGGAGAGGAAGUUUAUUUUGUUGGUUGUUGUUGGGGUGUGUUUAGUGUUGGGAAUGUCACAAUAUGUAGAUGGAAGGAAAUUGAAGAAGGACAAAGAAGAUGUGAAAAAUCCAGAAUGGUUAUUUGAUAUUCCUUCUAAAGGAUACGGCGGCGGUGAAGGAGUUGGUGGAGGGUUUGGAGGAGGAGGAAUUGGCGGUGGUUCAGGUGGUGGGUAUGGAGGAGGUGCAGGUAGUGGUUUAGGGGGUGGAUAUGGAGGUGGUAGUGGUUUAGGUGGUGGAUAUGGGGGAGGUGAUGGUGGUGGUUUAGGGGGUGGAUAUGGAGGAGGUGUAGGAAGUGGUAUUGGGGGUGGAAUAUCUAAGGGAAUUGUAGGUGGAAUAGGAGGUUAUGCUUACAAAGGAAUUGGAGGAGGUGUAGGAGGAAUUGGAGGGGGUGUUAUUGGAGGAGUUGGUGGUUUCAUUGGUGGUCACAAGAAUGUUGAAGCAAAUAAACCUUGA